AUGAAGCGAGCAGAGCCUGACACCGCGACGCCGAAGCGCAAAAAGCGCCGAGGGCACCGCAAGUCCAAGGCGGAGCGACUAGCGCGUUUGAAUCCCGUAUCUUCGUCUACUGAAGAUCUCGUCAAACUGCUGGGGGGGACGUCUAGUCGCGAGUGGGACACGGCACAGAGUCUCGCACUCCGGAUCGGGACUCCAGACGCCCGGGCGACGGUCGUCCGUGUGAUUUUAUCCGAGCGCGAGGCCCCCCGAGCGGCGGCGCACUAUGCGAAGCGUCUGAAUGUGCGAGGCCAAGAACUCCUAAACGCUGUGCCGCCUGAUUUGAUUUCGGUGGCGCCGCUGCUGCUAGCUCAGUUUUUGGUGGAAGUGGACGAAGGCUCGUUGGCGACCGACGAGAAACUGGAUCGGUUUCUAUGGCCAUGGCUACUUCAAGCGAUAAACGGGAAAGAAAAUAAGGCAGCAAUGAAGGCCGCCGUGCGCUUGAUGCUGCAUCCGACAGCGUCGGACGACGCUAAAGUGUACGACAAGAGGAAGCGAGGCUGCAGGUUGGAACGAGCAUUGGUGGCAAAGUGUCUACAAACGGGCAAGUUGCUGCAUCUCGUGCCGACUCAUGCACGAGCGUUUGCUGACCAGAUCAACGUCAGUUCUUCAGUGAGUAUGGACGACAACCCAGAUACCGGUGAGGGUACCGGGAUGAAGGAGGAGCUGCAGCGUCGACAACAAGUUGCUCACCGCGUGCAAAAUAUUCUUCGUCUCAUGUGGCCAGAUGCCCGUGUGCUGGUAUUUGGAUCUUCUGUCACUGGUCUUCUGUCUCCUUCCAACCAAGAUCCAACCGACGUGGAUCUCUGUGCGCUGUUGCCGUCUUCCCCACAGUUCCGCCAAGAAACGGCAUCCUUAAUCACCGAAGUGACGGAGCAUUUGGCUCUGUAUCUCCUUCCUGAAUACGCUCAUCAUGUUACCGCUGUGACUGGUGCUCGUGUUCCCGUUGUGCACUUCCGAGAUCCAUCGACAAACCUUCCAUGUGACCUUUGCGUGAACAAUGUCCCUGCGUUGUGGAAUACACGACUACUACGGUGGCUAUUCUAUGGAGGAAGCAGUGUGACUCCCACAGUGAGAAGACAGCUUUUACAUGUCCGGCAACUAUGCAUAUGGCUGCGUAGAUGGCGCCAAAUCAAGAAGCGUGUCGUGUGUGGAGCGUUAAGUUCGUAUGGACUUAUCCUGUUGGCUAUCUACUAUCUCCAGCGUGCUAGUGUUUUGCCAGUUCUGGACUGCAGUGCGCAUGUUGCAGAGGACGAAUCCAAACUAAGUGCUGUAUCAGAAGAGGACAUCGACAAGAGGCUCGAAGCUGUUGACAAAACCUACGUCAAUGUCAGGGAACGAUCUAGCGGUGUACAAGACUGGAAGGCACUGCGGCUGGGAUUUUUUCGCUUCUACACUUGCGAGUUCGACUACGAGCAUAGUAUUGCGAGCCUACGAACGAGAGAAACCAUGUCAAAAGCCAGUAAGGGCUGGUCUCGUCAAAACAACACCCGCCUCUGUUUAGAAGAUCCUGUCGAAACCGGACGCGAUCUUGGCUUGUUAUGCUCCAGACUUGCUCUUUGUCGCUUGCGAUGUGCCUUUGCUCACGCAUGCAUCGUACUGAGCCAGAAAGAGGAUUCCCAAACAGCGUCAGAAGAGCAGACUGUGGAGGCUAACCUAGUAGGCUCCUGGGCGUACGAAGAUGACAGCAUUCUAGAAGAGAGGUCAGCAGCAGCAGCUGCAGGAGAACGCAAUGGAAGAGAGGCACUUUGGAGCUCGAUGACUGUAGACGUCACCACCAGCUGCAGUGGAGGUAGGGACCUCGGGAAGCAAAGCUCAACAAUAGAAUUACGCGAGGCAAAGCGACGCGUGAAGCUGCAGCACUUUUUGGUUCUGCGUGCUUUCAAUCUGCGACGCCCGAAGGAGACUCUGCAUGAACAGUUCCGGUUCCUCAAGAAGCGGGUUGAAGACAUCGAUCCGAAAGUCCGUGGCGACUUCUUAGAGUUAAACGAGUUGUGUACCUACUUGUCCAUUACACCUUAUCGACGUCUGCUCCUCGUCCAAGUCUUCGGUCUGGCCGCACAGCAGACGCUGCUGCGCUUCGACGACUUCAUACGAUUUCUGCAGUCGGCAGCUGUACGAGCAGCACAUGAAGAGAGACAGCAGCACUUCGAAAGUCUUCCGACGCCCCCACCUCGCACUUUAAAACUCCGUCAAAUAAAUGCGCCACCUUUCCAUCCGCCCCACAUGAACCAAGCCGUAACUCGAGCUCCACCGGCCCCCGGUCUCUGGAAGAAGCGUGAAGUUACCAUCCAGGAGCGAAUCACCGAGUACACCAAGAUCGACGAUAAGGGGCAACCACAGAAACUUGUAGAGAAGGAACGUCACCAAACGGAGGUGCUACACAUGGAGUCACUGGACGGCGAGUUCGCGCACCGUGAGAUCACCCAGUUCGAGCAAACGGAGCAUCUGAACGACGAGAUAGUCCAUUUGGAUCACGGACGUGAAGAGUUUAUCCACCUCAAGUCACGACACGACGAGAUCUCACGAUUCGAGUCCUCCGUGCCGUCAGGAGGCCCGAGUGGCGGUGGUCGCCCCGAGGAAUGCGAGCAGCAGCCACCAUCCCCCACCAUUAAACGAGACCCUACCGCCCCUAUGACAGCUCGUGAAAGCACAGGUCUCAAUCACAGUUUCAACGUCGAAGCGGAAGCAGCAUACGUCGAACCAGAUUUCCGAAGGCGUUGGUAA